AAAUACAUGAGAUUUCUCAGCAUGCUGUCCUGGCAAGACAACUUUUGGAGGAAGAAAAAGAGAGCAAAAUAUGGCUGCAGAGCCAGAAAAGAAAAAUGAUCUUGAAAGCAACCAUGCCAGUGAUCUACCCAUGGAAGUGGAAAAGCAAAGUUCUAGGGUUAUCCUUCACUCACUGACUCCAGCAAUGGAUGCUCAGUGGAAGGCCAUUUUCCAUGAGCGUGUACAGCCAAGAGCUUUGGAUUUGCAGGGGAUAAAAAUGGAAAAGCUCAACAAGGAAACCAUACGGCAGAAGAAGGUGGAACAGCAAGACCCUCCUGAUAGCUUGUCCCAGGAUUGGUUCAACACCGAGUCAAUGACCCUGGAGACCAGGGCGUAUCUUCUCGAUAAACUUCUCCCUACCUUGGUCCCUGGAGUGGAGAAACUGUUACGGGUAGCAGAAAGGAAGAAAGUACUAGACUUGAAGGAGAGCGAACCCUGCCACUUUGACCCUGUGAAUUUCCUGGGAGAAUACCUGAUGAGGCAUAACCCUUCCUAUGAUCUGACCGCAAAGCCGAACCCCUAUGUGCGAGGGUUGAAGGUGAUCACGGAUAAGCUGAAAACCCAAGUGCCUGACACAACUAUGCAUAAACUUGCCCAGAUGAAGAACCUGGUUGAAGAAAAACGCCAGCGAAGGGAGGAUGUGGAGAACAUAAAAAAUCAAGUGGACCAAUUGCGCAAGGAGGCCUUAGCUCUGCAGUUCCAAGAAUGGACCCAGGAUGCCUCUGGACAGAUACCGCUGGCGCUGAUCCAAAGCGCCCUGAAAUCCUUCCUGGAGGUCCAACGCUUUCUCCUCUCUGCAGACAUCUACGCCAGGCCGUUGGAAGCCGUGGGAACGCUGGAAGUGAAGGUGAACCAAGAGGAAUUCAUGGAGUACCUCCUUUCUUACAUCAAAAAUUUCACCAGUGACAUGUUCCAGGAACUGCUGAAGCAUCUCCUACAAUGUGCUCAUGACACCCGAAAUACCAUCAGACAUGACAUCUGGAGGCAGAUGUUUCUCCAACUGUUCUUUGAUUGUGACCAUGGAAAGAUAGGGCUCUUGGACAGACUGAGGGUGCUGUCGCUACUGGAGAAGUUUUACAACAGCAGCUCGGAGCUUGCCAAGGAGACCUAUCGUGACCCAAGGAAAUGGCCAAUAGCUGAACUGGAUGACAUAGACCUCACUGAGUUUUGGGGUGAUAUGGAACCUGACGAAGAUGAAGAGGUCCUCCCGGAGGACCAUCCACCAAUGCCUGAGCGUACAUUAUCUGCGGAAGCCAUCUUCCUCAAUACAUACUUGAAGGACAUAAUUUCUGAUGUAGAUUUAGCAGCCCACGGUACCAAUGGAGACCCAAGGGAACCAGCAGUCAGUGGGCCAGAGGAAGCUGGGUUGGAGCAGGAGGUCAGCCCACUGGAAGCGGGGAGUGAAGUUGUCCCCACAGCAGCCUCACAAGAUCAAGCAGAAAUACCAGUUGCUGAGCUGGAACCCCAGGGAGCAGAGACUCAGGAGGAACCCCUUCUAGCCUCUGAAGGUACCACAGAACCAACUGCUGAAGAAACUGAGAUACCUGCUGGUGAAGAAACUGCUCCAGAAGACCAGCCAGUCACAGCACCUGAGCCAGGUUUGGAAAGAGAAGAGGCCGCUCCUUCAUCCUUCACCAAGGUUGCAACUGAGGUGCAGAAGAUCCUGGAUCAAGAGGAAGAUUCAGGCCUGGAAGCUCCUCCAGGGGAGAGGGACCUCCCUACAAAGGAAAUGGGGGUAGAUGAGGCAGGUGAGCAGGAAAAGCCAGAAGAGAAAGCAGAGCCAGAGGACAAAAGACUCUUAGGCCCAGAGGACCAGGCUGCCGCAAGAACAGACAGACUACCAGGAACCCUGGUUACAGAACUGCCCUUGUCGCCCACCAGCCGAGCCAGCAAGGAGAAGAAAAAAGGACCUCAGCUGGUCUACGGGGCGGUCUGGUCAGGCAACUUCCAGACGGCAGACCUCACCUUCAAGUACGCUGAUUAUGGCAAGGAAAUCCGGGAGGACUGGAACAAAGAAGACUCCAGGUUUUCAGAUCUCCGCAUGAGCAUGAUAGAAAUCCUGGCUCGGGGCCCCCCUGCUUGCACCAGCACCUUUGACAAGGAUUCCCUCAGCCUGUCCCAGUUUGUGCAGCUCAUGGAGACCUUUGCCAGCGAAAGAACAUCCCUGCCAAAGCUGAGGAAGCUCACGGAGUCUGUGAAGAAAGGAUACAUGCAGACGGAGGCUGAAAAGUUCAGCCAGCUGGAGAAAAUUCAUCACUCUUCAAACUUGGUCCGGCAGCAGCUUCUCUUAGCAGCCCUUUUUGAGAAGUGGGAUAACGAAAGCUCUGGGUUCAUAGAUAUGAUGGAGGUCGACUCUGUUCUGAGCACCUUUAAGGAAGGGAUGGAAGAAGAAGCCUUGACUAAGGCUAAGCUGCAGCUUUCCUUCCCCAACUGGCACCCCAGCGGGGUUGUGAAGUUAUCGCUGAAAGACUUCCAAGCCUACAUUGAGCUAGUGGUGUCUGAACUCACUGGAAAUGAAGACGAAAUUUUGGACAACAUUGUGGAGUUCCUGAUGAUGACAGUGGAACGCACGCACCUGGAGCGGCUGCGAGGGAACGCACGGCGGAAAUGGCUGCUCCGGAUUGAGCACUCUGCCAAGACCAGUGGAGGGUGCAUGGAGCCCGUGUAUCAAGAGGUCUUCAAGGCUCUUUGCCGGGAUACUGAUGCCCAUGGAGACAAGAAGAAAGUCAGUGCAUACAUUGCCCUUCUGGAAUAUAAUGUCAUUGCCCCUGAGCGGGGAGAUGUUCUCCUCCGCUAUGUGGCCUGCACAGAAGAUGAUGCCCCUUAUGUCUUAAACCAGAUCCUUUUCAUGGACAUGCAAGGAGUCAGCUUUUCAGCCGCCUUGGAUGACAAGCCAAUCCAUGUCCCCCGAGUCCAGUUGCAUGGAAAUAUCCACUUCUGGAACCCCGAUCGCCGUGAAACUGAGCGAAGGGGCUCCUUCUUAGUGCUACCACUGGAAGAUGUCCAGAGAAGAGUCUUUGGGGUCCUCGGGCUGGACACCCUCCGGGACACGAAUGAGAAAACCAUCUUCGUUCCCCAUGAGAUCCGUUACUAUCAGGGGAUUGCACACUCAUUCAGCAAAGCCUACCAUCAUAUCCGCACCCAGCGAAGUCUGCUGCAGGUCAUCAUUACCGCAGUGGAGUGGCUGUCCGGCCAAGCACCAGGCCUUCGAAACAUCACUGCCUACUUCAUGGAUCCUGGAGACAACCGGAUGCAGGACUAUACCUUGCGCAAAGCCAUGGCUUCAGAUUUAAAGGGGGAGCUGAAAGUCAGUGAACCACCAGCGCCUACACUCAGCAGGAAAGAAGAUACCUUCAAAAGUUAUCUGUUCAAGUGCAUAGACUGUGCUCUGGUGGUUACUGAAAGCAUCUAUGGAGAACAUCAUGUUGCAGUUCCAUUGAGGAAUCCGGUCGGUGAAGCCAUUGGGGUGCUGGACCUCAACCUUGGAGACAGGCAACGGCUGCCGCCUUGUGCACACAAGGACCUGCAGAAGAUGCUGAAGAUGAUGCAAGGUGCCACUCAUGAGAUACUGAAAGAGGAUUCUGGAGAUCUGGGACCAUACUUCGUCUUGGAGGCUGAAUAUGUUGGGGACUGGAGACGCGGAGGGGUCCUCUUCUACCGCUUCAUGCUGCAGGACCUGCAAAACUGCAUCUGGAAUCUUGACCCCUGGACAUCCUUUGGCGAUAUCAGAUCCUUGGAACAACCUCCAGCCCUCAUACACACCAUCUUGAAAUGCGUGUUGCUCGUUUUGUACCCGCAGUGGGCUGGCACAGAGGAGGUGGAGAACUGGAACUUGUGCCUACAGAAACUUGAUGGAGAACUUAUUGAAAACAUUUGCUACUUUGAUCCCACGGCUUCGUACGUGGAGAUUCGACCAGAAGUUCUGUCCCAGUGUCUCCAAGGUGCACGCAGGAGAGCCGUGUGGAGGCUCAGCUCGGCUCCGUUAGAGUACCUUUACGACUGGGUGUGUGUCUGCCUGUCGUUGAUCGAAAUGGCCAAGAAACUUCAGCACCACAAGAGCACGACCGGUUCGUCUUCGGCAUUGCUCACGCCCACCUUCUCCCAGUCGCUCCGGUCAUCGCAGAUUUCAACCAUCCGGACCACCUCUUCGGCCUAACUGUGCGACCUCAGUUGCAGGCCCUUGUUAAUAGUAUUUGUUAAGCAUGCAUCAUUUCCAAGGUGGGAAUGAUAGUUCUUGCCUAUAGUUCAGAAACGUUCAGGUUGGCUUUGAACAGGGGGAGAGAGAAUUGCAGUGACACGGGAAGGAGAUGAAAAACCAGCUGUCUGUUGGGUUCGUGCAAUCCACAAAUGUCGGAAUUAAAAUGGGCACUUCACAAAAGCUUUUCUCUCUGCAGCAGCUUUUGAGAAUCCGCUUUGAGGGUGAGAGGGUGGAGAGGGAGAAGGGGGGGCCUUUCGGUUCGUCCCGGAGGAAAUCACACCUCGAAGGCAUUAAAAAGUUUUCCUAUUGGCUAGUGCCUAA